AUGACAUCCUCCCAGGAUGCGUGCUACAUAUCCCUGUUGGGACUGGCGGAAUACUUUCGCACUUCGACUCCGCCAGAUAUCAAGAAGUGCAUCCAGUGCUUGCAGGCAUUGUUUACGUUCAAGCCACCGCUGAAGGUAGAAGCCCGCACGCACCUACAGCUCGGGCAGAUCCUUAUGGCCUACACAAAAAACACCGACCUAGCAAAGAAUCAUCUUGAGCAAGCGUGGAUCCUUUCGGAAAACAUCAACAACUUCGACGAUGUGAAAUUCGACACGGCCAGCUUACUGGCACAGUUGUACCAGCAGCAGGACCAAAGCUCGCUCGCUAAGCCGGUGCUAAGGAAAGCAAUCGAACUGUCGCAGCACAAUGUUUACUGGCACUGUAAACUGUUGUUCCAGCUAGCGCAAACGCACGCCACGGACAAAGAGUAUACGCUUGCCUCGGAACUGCUGGCGGUGGGUGUAGAAUCAACGGACGAAUCGAAUGCGACGUAUCUGAAGUCAUUGUUUCUGUUGAGCCGGGCCAUGAUCAUGAUGAUCGAGCGGAAAACGAACGACGUCCUAGCGAUACUGAGCCAAGCUAGCCCCAUCAUCGACCAUUCGAUCCAGAACUUUCACCUGAAGGAGUACCUGAAGGUGUUUUUCUACGUGCUGCAGGUGUGCCACUAUCUACAGCUGGGCCAGGUGAAAACGGUCAAAACGAGCCUAAAAAUGUUACAGCAAAGCAUCCAGACGAUCAUCGCACCGAACUGGCCAUCGGAUGAACAAAUCUUCGGACAGAACAACACAGAAAUGUUCAUGUGGUUACCGAAGGAGCAGCUGUACGUGCUCGUUUACUUGGUCACCGUGUCACACUCGAUGAUGGCUGGAUAUAUGGACAAGGCGCAGAAGUACACCGAAAAGGCACUGACCCAAAUCGAGAAGCUUAAAUCUCAAGAAAACAAACCAAUUCUGGCAGUGUUUCAAAUCAUACUGCUCGAGCACAUCAUCAUGUGCCGGUUGGUGAUGGGUAACAAAUCGUUAGCCAUCAAGGAGAUCGCCCUGGCCAAGGAUGUAUGCCUGUCGUCAUCGAACAAAUUUCUGCUGAAGAAGCACGCGCCACAGCUGCAUUGUUUGCUGGGCCUGUACGCGAUGUCCACCAGUUUGUUCGAGCACGCGGAAAAGCAAUUUUACGCCUGCAUCCAGGAAACGACCGAACGGGAGCUCAAACUGUUCGCCAACCUAAACCUUGCCAUCGUGUACUUGCGGACGAAGCGAGAGCAGGAUCUGCGCAAUAUUCUCGAACAGAUACAGCAGGAAAAUUCACAAUGCUCCAAUAGCCAGGCACUGAUGGGAAGCUUUUACUACGUGCAAGGAUUGAACGCAUUCCACAAGAGCAGCUUCCACGAAGCGAAACGCUUCCUCCGUGAAACGCUGAAGAUGGCCAACGCGGAAGACCUGAACCGGCUAACGUCUUGUUCGCUCGUACUGCUGAGCCACGUUUUCCUUAGCAUCGGUAACUCGAAGGAAAGCAUGAAUAUGGUUACGCCGGCAAUGCAGCUGGCUUCCAAAAUACCGGACAUUCAUGUCCAGCUGUGGGGCAGUGCCAUACUGAAGGAUCUCCAUCGGAUGCUGAAGGAACCGACGCAGGAGAUCGAAGCGUACAACAAUCACGUCAACUUCUCCCAGAAUCUGAUUGCCGAUCAGCUGAAGUGUACCAAGUUUCCGGAACAUGCGCUAAUUAACUGGUUCCAGGGCGAUCCACCGUUGCCGAUGCUGUCCCAGGAUCUGCUGGUACAACCGGCCGCAACCAUCGUAGCACCGGUGGCCAUUGCUUCCGGUUCUGGCGUACCGAUAGUGGUACAACAGCAGCAACAGCAACAACCGGGUGGAACAUAUGUACGAUUACCAGGAACGUUAAACCAGCAAGUUAUGUUCCAGUAA